CGUUCUUUGAUUGAGGGACUGAUCGCUGAGUGACGAGUGAACGCAAUGCACUCGACAGCUCCUUGACAAUUUUGGGGAAACUUUUGUCUCCGCUUCAUACCAAAACACUCCCCGUUCUCUGCAACGAAAUACUUCUGGCUCUCGCUAGCUACCGGUACCGGCUUCAAUAGCUUGUGCAAUUGGCCUCACCAUUUCUUGGUGAUGAAUCAUCGUGAGUUUUGGUAAAUAGACACGGCCCGGUUCCAACUCCCAAAGAAGACUGAACGUUAAACCCAAGUAGACAGCUAGCUAACUGCUAGCAAAUAAUUUGACGGCUACCAGCUGUGAGUUGGGUUCCAAUCUAAAAACUAUUCCCGCCCUUGGCUGCUCAGAGUAGUAGAGAAAGCCAUUCUGUACCGGUAUCCCGUUACAGGUACCAAUACCGCAUGACGGUGGGUGCUUCGGUCUCCUCGAGAUCCGAGCCGUCAAAGGACGGUGUCUCCUUCCAGCUUGCCUGGCUUAGUAACAGCCAAGACUUGACACCGUCAGCUCCGAGCACGGAAGAGACAAAGUGACGCUGCCGCACAGCGUCGUGCCCUGUCGACCAUGGUCUUCCUUUUUAGUUGGAACGUUGCCGGUCUUUCCACGGUGGUACAUAGAAUUCAUGCGUCCUACAGUGACGGUGCCAAAGAAGGCAGUGGCAGCAGCAGCAAAAACCAAAAAAAGGGGUUGGGUGGACAUUGCCGUGUCUUCGCAGGAUAUUUUGAAAGGCAUGCAUCACCAGAGAUUGUUUGCUUGCAGGAAGCAAAAAUUCCCAAGUCACAACUCACCAACAGAUCAGAGCCAAGAGGAUGUGCCAAUGUGGAAGGAUAUGAAUCAUUCUGGUCUUGUCGCCUAGAUGAUCCGAGCAAAGGAAUGAAUGGAGUUGUCACCUAUGCAAAAAAGGGGACUGUCAUUUCAGCAGAUGCAUUUGCCUUGGGAGACCCAAAAUUAGAUAAUCAGGGACGUUGUGUGUUGACGGACCAUGGCAAUUUUGUUGUUUUUAAUGUUUAUGUCCCUGCGUCUGGAUCGCACUCUGUAAAGGACAAGAUGCGCUUUCUGCAGGCUUUGCAGAGAGCCAUGAAAAAGCAAAGAGAAGUACAUAACAAGGCAGUUAUUCUCACUGGAGAUUUGAACAUUUCUCAUGGCAAAUUGGAUGUUUACUGGAAAGAUCUUGUGCUCCAUGUCAAUGAACUUCUACGGCAAGUCCAGCAACACAGACAAACCAGUGCAACUGCUGCAACCACAACAACUUCCAAUUCACGAGAUGAUUUCCCUCGUUGGAAGCGACAAUUGGCGGAGGCAUGGCCUCUCAUUGUGGAAACCAUGAAAACGAAGGAAGUUGUUCCCAGUCAAACACAAAAUUCCAAAACAGGUGAAAAGUUUGACAAGUUUCGUCUGCAAGUCACCAUGAGCAACCCAACAAGAAUCGUUCCCCUGGGAAAGCAUUGCAAUGUCAAAGAAUAUUGCUUAUAUGGAUAUUGUUUUGAUGAGAUGGGGUUCUACAUUGACCCAGACACUAAUGCAGUGAUUCCAACGCAACAAGAGAACUCUGUUGCCCUUUCCAUCUUGCAAGAGCUGAUGUUCAAAAUUGCAAAAGUUGAAUGGAGUGAUGAAACCUUGAAAACGAUUGCUGAUUCCUCUGAUGCUGGACGAAUGUGUUGUAAUCCAUUUCGUCAAUGGCUCAGCAAACUCUUGGAAGAAGAUGACAUGGUUGAUACAUUCCGCCAUUUUUACCCCUCAGCACGUGGUCGUUUCACAUGCUGGGACCAAUACACAAACAGGAGAUAUGAGAAUGAUGGUACCCGGAUUGAUUAUGUCAUUGUGGACCGGUCUUUGUCAGCAUUCCUUGAGAAAGGAGGGCCUUUGCGAACCGGUGAGACCUUUGUUGGGAACAAGAACAAUCCACCAAUCAAAAAAUCAGAUCCAGAUGCAGCUGUUGCAAUGAUGGAUCCACUUACCGAAGAGGCAGCCUUGGCAGCAGCCACUGCUCGAGGCCAAUUUCGGAUGGCUGCCUUUGAAGGUGGUGGGAUUGCCGAAGCAACACAACGAACAUUGGACACACAGUUUGGACCACGGCACACAGGAAUUGUUUACACUCCCCCUUCCUUCUCAGACCAUGUGGCAGUGUCUCUGUUACUGGCUGGUGGCUCUGGGGACACUGCAAGUGACGGGGAUCCACCAAGCCACUGGAGAUGCAAAGGAUGGGGUAACUUGGUUCUCGCAGGCAAUGAUCCUGCCACAAAGAAAGCUCAGCCACACAAAGUCCAAAAAUCUAUAGCCUCCUUCUUUGGCAGGCAGGGCGGCACAGGCUCCAACAAAUCAACAGUCAGCAGCAAACCAAUCAUACCAAAGCUGCCUAAAAAGAGGCCAACAAUUGAGUCAUUUUUCCAACCCAAAAGUGAGACACCCCAAGGAAAGGGCACUGUGGGGCAAGCAAGGGUGGCGACCAGGACCAGCAAGAGGCAAAAGAAGAAAGGAACAGUGCCCUCGAUCUUGAGUCACUUUUCAAAGAAAUAGAUUUUAUGGAGCUUUAGUAGCUGAACUUGGCACUGUAUCUGAGCUGUCAUGCAUCAUUCUAAGUGUAGCUGGCUGGAACCUGAUGUACCA